UCUGAACCCAACGAUGCGGCUAGUCUUUGAGAUCAGCCAUCUGCGCACAGCCACCCCAGCGACCGUGUCCAGAGCGGAUUUAAGAAGAUCGUUCCCAUUCCUGAGCAGAGCAUGGUUCAGAUGUUGUGCUACCUUCUUGAAUGCCUCCUGACAAAGGAGAACACACCUGCAGACUGUCCUAAGGAGCUUUAUGAACUUUACUUUGUCUUUGCUGCUGUCUGGGCCUUUGGUGGAUCAAUGUUUCAGGACCAGCUUGUGGACUACAGAGCGGAGUUCAGCAAGUGGUGGGUGGCAGAAUUCAAGACCAUCAAGUUUCCCUCUCAGGGCACAGUCUUUGACUUUUACAUUGAUCCAGAAACAAAGAAGUUUGAGCCUUGGUCUAAACUUAUUCCUCAGUUUGAAUUUGAUCCAGAAAUGCCAUUACAGGCUUGCCUGGUGCCCACCACUGAGACGGUCCGUGUGCGGUACUUCAUGGACAGGCUCCUGGAGCGCCAGCGCCCAGUGAUGCUCGUGGGUAAUGCGGGCACGGGGAAGUCUGUGCUGGUGGGGGACAAACUCUCCUCGCUGGACAUGGAUGCUUAUGUGGUGAAGAAGGUCCCGUUUAACUACUACACCACCUCUGCCAUUCUGCAAGGUGUGCUUGAGAAGCCUCUGGAUAAAAAGGCUGGCAGGAAUUAUGGCCCUCCGGGUACUAAGAAGCUUGUGUACUUCAUCGAUGAUCUGAACAUGCCUGAAGUGGACGCUUACGGGACGGUGCAGCCCCAUACGUUGAUCAGGCAGCACCUGGACUACGGCCACUGGUACGACAGGACCAAGCUGUCGCUGAAGGAGAUCAUGAACGUGCAGUACGUGUCGUGCAUGAAUCCGACUGCAGGGAGUUUCACCAUCAACCCUCGUCUGCAGCGUCACUUCUGCGUCUUCGCUGUCUCCAUCCCUGGUCAGGAUGCCUUGUCCAGGAUCUACAGCACCAUUUUAAUACAGCACCUGAUGAGUGGGAAUUUCUCAGUGGCUGUGCAAAAAUCAGCUCAGCAGCUGAUUGCCCUUGCCCUGGGACUGCACCAAAAAGUAGCUGCCACUUUCCUGCCAACAGCUAUCAAGUUCCACUAUGUUUUCAACCUGAGAGACUUCUCCAGUAUCUUCCAAGGCCUCCUGUUCUCUACUCCUGAGUGCCUGAAGCAACCCCAAGACCUAGUGAAACUCUACCUGCAUGAGUCAAACCGGGUGUAUCGAGACAAGAUGGUUGAAGAAAAGGAUUAUGAUACCUUUGAUAAAAUGCAGCUGGAGAUGGUGAAGAAAUGCUAUGACGAUAUUGAAGAAACUUUAGAGCAGACCAAGCAAAUGAAUGUUUAUUGCCAUUUUGCUAAAGGCAUCGGUGAACCCAGCUAUAGGCCAGUUCCAACCUGGGAGAAGUUGAACCAGAUCCUUGUGGAAGCUUUGGACAACUACAAUGAAGUCAAUGCUGCCAUGAACCUGGUACUAUUUGAGGAUGCCAUGUGCCACGUUUGCCGCAUCAACCGUAUCCUGGAGUCCCCCAGAGGAAAUGUUCUCUUGGUUGGCGUGGGCGGAAGCGGGAAGCAGAGCCUGACCAGACUGGCAGCCUUCAUUAGCUCUCUGGAGGUUUUCCAGAUCACUUUAAGGAAAGGAUAUGGGAUCCCUGACCUGAAGGCGGACCUGGCAAACCUGUACCUGAAAGCCGGUGUGAAGAACAUAGGCACCGUGUUCCUGAUGACCGACGCGCAGGUGGUAGAUGAGCAGUUCCUGGUGUUGGUGAAUGACUUCUUAGCAUCAGGUGAAAUCCCUGAUCUCUUCCCCGAUGAUGAAGUCGAAAACAUCAUCAACAGCAUGAGGAAUGAAGUCAAAGGUCGAGGGCUGGUGGACUCCAGGGAGAAUUGCUGGAAGUUUUUUAUAGAGCGUGUUCGACGGCAGUUGAAGGUUGCGCUGUGUUUUUCACCUGUCGGUAGCAAGCUGCGUGUCCGCAGCAGGAGGUUCCCUGCCAUCACCAGCUGCACGGCCAUAGAUUGGUUCCAGGAGUGGCCGCAGGAAGCCCUCGAGUCCGUCAGCCUCCGCUUUCUGCGAGAAACAGAGGCUGUGGAGGAUUCAGUGAAAGAUUCAAUAAGCAAGUUCAUGGCAUAUGUCCACACAAGUGUCAACGAGAUAUCCCGAUUGUAUCUGAGCAACGAGCGCCGGUAUAACUACACCACUCCAAAGUCAUUCCUUGAACAAAUCAAACUCUAUCAGAAUUUGCUAUUGAAGAAGGGCAAGGAUUUAAAAGCGAAAAUGGAGCGGUUGGAGAAUGGUCUGGAGAAGCUUAACAGCACCACUGCACAGGUUGAUGAGCUGAAGGCCAAGCUGGCAGCCCAAGAAGUGGAGCUGAAGCAGAAGAACGAUGAUGCUGACAAGCUGAUCCAGGUGGUAGGGGUGGAAACGGAGAAAGUGAGCAAGGAGAAGGCAAUUGCUGAUGAGGAGGAGCGGAAAGUGGCACUUAUCACCCAGGAAGUUGAGCAGAAACAGAAGGACUGCGAAGAGGACCUGGCCAAAGCGGAGCCUGCCCUGGCAGCUGCCCAGGCUGCUCUGAACACCCUUAACAAGAUGAAUCUGACAGAGCUGAGGUCCUUCGGGUCACCACCUUCAGCUGUCAGCAAUGUUACCGCAGCCGUGAUGGUGCUGAUGGCCCCGGGAGGAAAGAUUCCCAAGGACAGGAGCUGGAAAGCAGCAAAAGUUGCCAUGGCCAGGGUGGAUAGCUUCCUGGACUCCUUGAUCAAGUUCAACAAGGAGAACAUUCAUGAGAACUGCCUCAAAGCCCUCCAGCCCUAUUUACAAGAUCCCAAGUUUAAACCUGAAUACGUGACCACCAAGUCCUAUGCUGCGGCCGGUCUCUGCUCCUGGGUGGUAAACAUCGUGCGCUUCCACGAGGUGUACUGUGAUGUGGAGCCAAAGCGGCAGGCUCUGAGCAAAGCCAACGCGGAGCUGGCGGCUGCCCAGGACAAACUGGCCAGCAUCAAGGCCAAAAUUGCCCGCCUCAAUGAGAACCUGAGAAAGCUCACAACCAAGUUUGAGAAGGCCACUUCAGACAAACUCAAAUGUCAGCAAGAAGCUGAAGCUACAGCGUGUACCAUCGUUCUUGCAAAUCGACUGGUUGGGGGACUCGCCUCUGAGAACGUGAGAUGGGCUGAAGCUGUGAAGGACUUCAAGCGGCAACAGAGCACCUUAUGUGGAGAUGUCUUGCUGAUCACGGCCUUCAUCUCCUACCUGGGGUACUUCACCAAGAAAUAUCGUCAUGACCUCCUGGAUGGAAUCUGGAAGCCUUAUUUGCACCAACUAAAAGUGCCAAUCCCUGUAACCCCCUCCCUUGAUCCUCUGAGAAUGCUGACUGAUGACGCUGAUGUAGCAGCUUGGCAGAACGAGGGCCUCCCUGCUGAUCGGAUGUCUACCGAAAAUGCCACCAUCCUCACCAACUGUGAGCGUUGGCCCCUCAUGGUGGAUCCUCAGCUGCAGGGCAUCAAAUGGAUCAAAACAAAAUAUGGUGAAGACCUUCGAGUGAUCCGAAUUGGGCAGAAGGGCACGGCCAGCCUCACCGUGGCCGGUACCAAUGCUGUUUCCCACAGGUAUUUGGACACGAUGGAACGAGCUCUGGCUGCAGGAGAACUGGUUUUGAUUGAAAACCUAGAGGAAUCCGUGGAUCCAGUUUUGGGGCCAUUACUGGGGCGAGAAACCAUCAAGAAAGGAAGGUACAUUAAGAUUGGGGACAAGGAAUGUGAUUUCAACCCUGCUUUCCGCCUCAUCCUCCACACAAAGCUGGCGAACCCUCAUUUCCAACCUGAGCUGCAGGCACAGUGCACCCUCAUCAACUUCACUGUCACGCGAGAUGGUUUGGAGGACCAGUUGCUUGCAGCAGUGGUCAACAUGGAGAGGCCUGACUUGGAGGAGCUCAAGUCGGAGCUCACGAAGCAACAGAACGGAUUCAAAAUCACAUUGAAAACGUUAGAGGACAACUUGCUCUCUCGGUUGUCAUCAGCAUCUGGGAACUUCCUGGGAGAUACAGCAUUGGUGGAGAACUUGGAGAUCACAAAACAGACAGCCGCAGGAAUUGAGGAGAAGGUCCAGGAGUCUAAGGUGACAGAAGCAAAGAUAAAUGAGGCCAGAGAGCACUACAGGCCUGCUGCCGCACGAGCCUCUCUGUUGUACUUCACCAUGAACGACCUCCAUGCCAUCCACCCCAUGUACCAGUUCUCUCUGAAGGCAUUCAACAUCGUGUUUCAGAAAGCCAUUGAGAGGGCACCUCCAGAUGAGAGCGUCGCAGGGCGUGUGCUGAACCUCAUCGACAGCAUUACCUUCUCCGUGUUCCAGUACACAACCCAGGGGCUGUUUGAGUGUGAUAAAUUGACCUACACCGCUCAAGUUACCUUCCAGAUACUUCUGAUGAAUGAAGAAAUCAACGUGGUAGAACUGGAUUUCCUACUGAGAUACCCAGCGCAGACCGGAGUCACAAGCCCUGUGGACUUCUUGUCUGAUCACUCCUGGGGAGGAAUCAAGGCUCUUGUGUCCAUGGAGGAAUUCAGAAACCUGGAUCGGGAUAUUGAAGGGUCUGCAAAACGGUGGAAGAAAUUUGUUGAAUCUGAGUGUCCUGAAAAGGAGAAGUUCCCCCAGGAAUGGAAGAACAAGUCAGCUUUGCAGCGCCUGUGCAUAAUGAGAGCCAUUCGACCGGAUCGCAUGACCUAUGCUGUCAGAGAUUUUGUAGAAGAAAAGCUUGGCAGUAAAUAUGUGGUGGGCAGAUCUCUGGAUUUUGCAACAACCUUUGAGGAAUCGGGACCUGCAACCCCAAUGUUCUUUAUUCUGUCGCCAGGAGUCGAUCCGCUGAAGGAUGUGGAGAAACAAGGGAAGAAACUCGGUUAUACAUUUAACAACAGGAAUAUCCACAAUGUUUCUCUUGGACAAGGUCAAGAGGUAGUUGCUGAACAAGCUCUGGACCUGGCUGCGAAGGAGGGACACUGGGUCAUCCUUCAGAACAUCCACCUGGUGGCCAAGUGGCUGAGUUCUCUGGAAAAGAAGCUGGAGCAGCACAGUGAGGGCAGCCACCAGGAUUUCCGUGUCUUCAUUAGUGCGGAGCCUGCACCCUCUCCUGAAGGCCACAUAAUUCCUCAGGGCAUCCUUGAGAACUCCAUCAAAAUCACCAAUGAGGCCCCAACUGGGAUGCAUGCAAACCUGCACAAAGCCCUGGACAACUUCAACCAGGAUACCCUGGAGAUGUGCACGCGGGAGAAUGAGUUCAAGAGCAUCCUCUUUGCCCUCUGCUAUUUCCAUGCUGUUGUGGCAGAGAGGCACAAGUUUGGCCCCCAAGGCUGGAACCGUUCCUACCCCUUUAACACUGGAGACCUCACAAUCUCCGUGAACGUGCUGUACAAUUACCUGGAGGCCAGCUCAAAGGUCCCAUAUGAUGAUUUACGGUACCUCUUUGGUGAGAUUAUGUAUGGAGGUCACAUUACUGAUGAUUGGGACAGACGGCUUUGCAAAACCUACUUAGAAGAAUUUAUUAAGCCAGAAAUGCUGGAGGGAGAACUCUUCCUUGCUCCAGGAUUCCCCCACCCAGGGAACAUGGACUAUAAUGGCUAUCAUCAGUACAUAGAUGAUGUUUUGCCUCCAGAGUCUCCUUAUCUGUAUGGCCUCCAUCCCAAUGCUGAGAUUGGCUUCCUUACCCAGACUUCAGAGAAGAUUUUCCGCGUUGUGUUGGAGAUGCAGCCCAGGGACACCAGCAUGGGUGAAGGAGGAGUGGUGACCCGGGAAGAAACGGUGAAAUCUCUUCUGGAAGAGAUGUUAGAGAAACUGGUGGAUGAGUUUAACAUUGCAGAACUGAUGGCAAAGGUGGAAGACAGGACACCGUAUGUUGUGGUUGCCUUCCAGGAAUGUGAGCGGAUGAACAUCCUCACGAGUGAAAUAAAGCGCUCGCUCCAGGAACUGGAUCUGGGGCUGAAGGGAGAACUGACCAUGACGAGUGCCAUGGAGAACUUGCAGAAUGCCCUCUUCUUGGACAUGGUGCCCGAGUCCUGGAUAAAGAAGGCUUACCCUUCCACAGCCAGCCUGGGCACAUGGUUUGCUGACCUUCUCAACCGCAUCAAGGAGCUGGAGGCCUGGACAGGAGACUUUUCCUUACCCUCUACAGUGUGGCUUGGUGGGUUCUUCAAUCCUCAGUCUUUCCUGACAGCCAUCAUGCAGUCUACAGCUCGGAAGAACAAGUGGCCUUUGGACAAGAUGACGUUGCAAUGCGAUGUGACAAAGAAGAACAGGGAAGAUUUUGCCAGUCCUCCUCGGGAAGGGGCAUAUGUCCAUGGGUUGUUCAUGGAAGGUGCACGUUGGGAUGCACAGGCUGGAAUAAUCACAGAUGCCAGGCUCAAGGAACUAACCCCAGCCAUGCCGGUCAUUUUCAUCAAAGCCAUUCCUGCAGACAAACAAGACACGCGGAGUAUGUACCCAUGUCCUGUAUACAAAACACGCCAAAGAGGACCAACCUAUGUGUGGACUUUUAACCUUAAAACUAAAGAAAAUCCUUCCAAGUGGGUACUUGCUGGUGUGGCACUGCUGCUGCAGAUCUAGGCUCGCCAGCAGAGCACCUCAUUUGCAAAUCCCUAACGAUAUCUUCCUCAGACAAUUGGAAAAAAAGAAUAUCGUGAAAUUGCAGCCAAGCUCCAUCUCUCUGAGUAGGGGGCUCUUCACCUGAGUGGAGCCUGCAAGGAGGGGACGAGGUACAGAGGGGCACAGGGAGCAGAUUCUUGGCUGCUGUAAAUCGGUGUCCAGUAAUUCCUGCACUGGAGCACUGGAAGAUUCCAACCCACAGCCAGAUCUUCUGCACCCAGAGACUGCUAAGCUCAAAUCCGAAUUUAGCAGUUUUUUCUCUUAUUUUUGUGAUUCGAAGCAGUUUUAAAGUCAGUGGCCUUCUCUGAUAUCCUUAGAUAGUUCAGUGGCCUGUGAAAGUCUCUAGACCUGAUUCUUUUCUUUACCUGUUCCUUUGUCAUAUAUGUCAUGUCUAAAUUCGGGGGCUCAGCCGGUGGUGUUGAUAUGAGCUGUUUCGUGCUAAUUUUUCUGUAUAUUUUAGAAAAAUUUAGAAUAGUGUUAGUAUCCAAUGUGGUUAAUGGAAUCAACAGUUAAAAUUACAGCACAUGGAUUAUUUCAGAAGAAUUUUUCAUAGUGAUAGAGAUGUAGUAAUA